AUGUCUCAGCUCAGCCAAAACUCUGACCAAGAGGAAGUCUGUUCGGGAGAGAUAGAUGAAGAUGAAAUCUUAGCCAACCUAUCUCCUGAAGAACUGAAGGAACUACAGUGUGAAAUGGAAGUCAUGGCUCCAGACCCCCAAGUGCCAGUUGGAAUGAUACAGAAGGAUCAGACUGAGAAACCCCCAACAGGAAACUUUGAUCACAGAUCUCUUGUUGACUACCUGUAUUGGGAGAAGGCAUCCAGACGAAUGCAUGAGGAUGAAAGGAGGCCGGUCACGCUAUUACCCUUGGAGAGACCCACCACAGAAUACUCUGAAGAAAAUGUUGCUGAUAUUCGCAAUGAAAACCCAGUGGCCAAGAAUGCUGCAAAUGAAAUUGUAAAAGAUUACAAAGAGAAAGAAGAAGAAGAAGAAGAAGAAGAAGAAGAAGAAGAAGAAGAAGAAGAAGAAGAAGAAGAAGAAGAAGAAGAANAAGAAGAAGAAGAAGAAGAAGAAGAAGAAGAAGAAGAAGAAGAAGAAGAAGAAGAAGAAGAAGAAGAAGAAGAAAGUGAAACAGAGAAGAAAGAUCUGGAAACCAAAAAACUUCAUGAUCAUGACAGUAGCAAAAGCACCCAGGAAACUAAAGGAUCAUACACAGAAUCAGGUGAAAAAGAAGGAGAGAAUGAAAAGAAAAUUUCAAAGUUAAAUAUUCCCAAAAAAUUAGCUCUAGACACCAGUUUUAUUAAAUUAAGUGCACGGCCUUCAGGAAAUCAAACUAAUUUAGAAGAGAGCCUGGGAAAAGUCCGGAGAAAUGACCCGAACAUGACAGAGCUCAACUUAAACAACAUUGAGAACAUCCCCAAGGAAAUGCUAGUGGACUUUGUCAAUGCCAUGAAAAAGAACAAGCACAUCAAAACAUUCAGUUUAGCCAAUGUUGGGGCAGAUGACAAUGUAGCUUUUGCCUUGGCCAACAUGCUGCGUGAAAAUAGGAGUAUUACCACUUUGAAUAUUGAUUCUAAUUUCAUCUCAGGUAAAGGAAUUGUUGCCAUCAUGAGAUGCCUGCAGUACAAUGAGAAGCUUACAGAGCUACGUUUCCACAAUCAGAGAAGUAUGUUGGGUCAUCAAGCAGAAAUGGAGAUUGCCAGGCUCCUGAAAGCCAACCCUAUACUUCUUAAGAUAGGCUACCACUUCGAACUUCCAGGUCCCAGAAUGGUGGUCACUAAUCUACUCAGCAGAAACCUUGAUAAACAGAGACAGAAAAGGAUAGAGGAGCAAAAGCAGCAACAGUUAAAGCAGCAGAAAGAGCUAAUCGCCAUGUUAGAGAAUGGACUUGGGUUGCCACCCGGGAUGUGGGAAUUGCUAGGAGGACCAGUACCUGCUUCAAUGAUGCCUCCUUCAAUGCAACCUCCAAUGGCACCAGUUCCCAAAGCUCCACCUAUUGGCCGAAGAAACGAGCCUGCUAGAAAAGCUGAGCCUGAAAACGAAAGCAGCAGCAACGUUCCCGCUUUCAAAAUAGUGAAGCUCAAGAGAAUCCAGCGCAAACCUUCUAUACAGGAAUAUGUGGAGCCAGCUGAAAAAACCAACCUCAAAGAUGUGAUCAAGACCCUAAAACCUAUUCCGAGAAGGCGGCCCCCUCCUUUGGUUGAGAUCACUCCAAGAGACAAGCUACUUAAUGAUAUUCGUCAGAGUAAUGUAGCUUAUCUGAAACCAGUGCCUGUUCCCAAAGAGUUGCUUUGUAUCAAGUGCCCGGUUCCAGAAGCGGAUAUCUUCUCUGCCCCAGAAGCUGAUAUCUUCUCUGCGCUUCUUGGCUUGGUUUCGGAAGGAAAGAUCAAGCGAUCUUUCCACCAGGAGACCAGGCUGUGA